GGUUUCAAGGGUUCGUUGAAUAGAUACCCGUUGCUACAAACAGAGCUGGAUACCCUUGACAUACAAAACAAAGCUUUAAGAAAAGGGGGCUUCCGAUUUUCUUUCCGGCUCCUUCACCCGUUCUAUCUUACAGCUCCGCUCCACCCUGCUCGAGCAUCACCACCUCAUUUGUUCUUGGUUAGCAGCAACAACUUCUUGAAAAGAUGAGCGACGAAGUCGAAGCAUUUUGGAAAGGUUCUUCAGAGGGGGAAGUUAAGACAUUAAAGAUGAAGUUUCAAUCUGAUAAUAGAGCUGAUCAUUUUGAUUUAUCUUUUGGUGAAGUUGUAUCUAAAAAAAAUGGUGUAAACAGCAAAUGUCAAGGGUGGGAGGCAUUCUCCUACACCUCAUCCCAAUAUUCUCCCAAGUGAUGGUCCUUGUGAAGAUGGUAAACAUAAAUGUCCACAUGAUGGAUGGGUGAAGACCUUUGCUGAAUUGCUGGAAGAAAAGAGUGAAGAUGAUCUUUGGAUACCAUUUACAGUUUCAAAUGAAGGAAGUCGUCGUCUAACUAAGUUUAAAGAUAUGAAUAGCUGGCUUCUAAUCAUAUUAAGGGGGGUACUUCGAGCAGGAAUAUGGUUAAUGGACCAAGGUUUGGAAGUUGGACAGAUAACUGUGAAUGAUAUCGUUUUCUUAAAAGAUGAUUUAAGUUUUGAAAAGCCUCAAAUAAUUGAUUGUUUAGUUACAGGGCGUAGGAAAGGGCAUCCCAAUACUUACUUAAAGUCUGUUGCGGAGAUGAUCAAGUCUAAGUUUACUAAAGGGAACCCAAAGCUUGUCGAAGAUAAUCCAAUUAUUAAGUCUUUUGUCAAAUGUUUAGAAGGUCAUGGUCGUACUCUGCAUGGAAAAAAGAAUAACACCCGGCAGGAAUAUAGGCUCUUGGAACAUCCUCUUUUUCUCAGUUUGGCACAGCAUUGUGUCUUUAACGAUAGAGUGAGAGAUGAAUUUAGAAACAAACAUUGUUCUAUUUUUCGAUCGUUAGAUGUAUAUUGUGUUUUGGACGGAUCCAGUAAGAAAAGCAGACAGUAUCCAGCGUCUGAAGGAUGGAAGAGAUUAUUUAAGCAGCGCAGUAGUCCAGGCGUUAUGCAAGCUCAACUGAACGUACAUGGCGAAAAGUAUCAGGGAGGCUUGGUUCCAGAUCUUGUGAAGAUAUUUCGAGACACUAGUGCUCAUGUAACUGGCUCAAUCCCACCGGCACGACAAGUGAUCACACCAGAAGAUCGCAAAGAUGCUGGAAAACCUAUCACACAGGAAAUUAUUGGGAAGUACAUCAAAAUCAUCGGCCCUCAUCUGCUUUCAUAUUUGUUUGAGUCUUAUGGAACGUGCGACACUGAGGAUAAAUUACGUUAGAGUUUGCAUAUGCAUCUGCAUGAGGAGGAGAUACUUUUGUAAUUGUAAUAUUUAGCGGUACCAGCUUGAUACGCCAGGGCGAACCAUGUGUUUUAGAAGCAAGAAGGCCUUUGUUUGGAUUUUUGGAUAUUUGGAGAGAUGGAAAUAAUUUUAAACUUUAUUUGGCCCUUGUACUUUGAUCCCUAUCUAGAAUUUUAUUCAGGCUUGGAUAAAGGUCUGUACAUAAAUUAUGAAAAUCAAAUAUUGAAAGAGUAGUAAUCCUAGUUUCUGAGCUGUAGAGACCCAUCGGCGACCGUUGGUACACCGUACGAUCGAAACUUGAAUUGAUAAAUUCAGCUGUCGCGUUAAUUUAUUGUUUC